CCAGUCCCCUAGAAGCCUCCAGCAGAAAUGGAUACCGGCAGGAUUUUCCUGGUUGCUGCGUUUCUAAACGCUGUUCUAGCAGCAACGCAGUUCAACCCGGGAGACGCUACGAUUCGCAUACUGGAGAAUGACUUCAAUGGAAUUGAACCGUGGCACUGGAAGUACGAGACGAGUAACGGCAUCCGGCAGGAGCAGUUCGGCGCGGAGGGCGACGGCGCGCGCCUACGGGGCAGCUUCUCGUGGCAGCCGCCGGACGCGGGCGGCGCCACCUACAGCGUCACCUACGAGGCCGACGAGAACGGCUACCGGCCCAGAGUCUCUUUCGGCACUGGACCCGUCACGGCGCGCCCCACACCGCAGCAGCCGCAACGAUCCUUCGCGUAUCUCGGAAGCAACGCUGCACUUACACUUGUCGGCUAAGUGGACUGUCACUGCUUGCCUCACGAUCAUUCAAAUGUAUAAUAUCUCGACACAAGUUUCUGAACUAACAGCUUAAAAUCGUCAAGCAAGUGCUGAACACCUACCACUUGUAGCUGCAAUGUUGCUAUUAAUUCCUGGCAGCUAAGAUCCGCAUAUGUCACGGUCUCACAGAUUAAAUGGGAAUUUGAACCAA